CAGCGAUUUUGCGACAAACAAAGCAGGCUUAUUGGCUUGCUGCGCGCUAUUGACGGGCGCCGCCGGACUCUUAGGUCCCAGUCCGGCCUUACGGAGGUCUGCAGCAGCGCCUGUGCACCAACUUCACGCUAGCGUGGCGCUCAUCGCUCACUUGGCCAACCCUACAGCGAGGCCGCCAAGCCGGCGCGCGGGACGCCAGAUCGACGGCGAGAGCCGCGCACAUGUUCGCUUGCGCGCCCCAGACCGCCGUCGAGGCAGCAAAACGCACAUGCACGUGAGCAUGAGCGCGCCCGCCCGCCGCUCGCGUCGACGGCGCGCGAGACUCCACGCCGUCGCGCCGGCGCAGCAGCGAAACUCACGAACCCACCCCGCACAGGUCUCACCGGUUCGUUGAGCGCGAGAGACGCUCCGAGCCACCCUUUGACGAUGUUCAUCUCGAAGAAGAACCGCAUCGAGGUCUACUCGUACCUCUUCAAGGAGGGCGUCCUCGUGGCGAAGAAGGACAACUUCAAGCCCAAGCACGACGAGAUCGACGUGCCGAACCUCGAGGUCCUCAACCUCAUGAAGUCGCUCAAAUCGCGCGGCUUCGUGCGCGAGACCUUCAACUGGCAGUACUUCUACUGGUACCUCGAGAACGAGGGCGUCGAGUACCUCCGUGAGUACCUCCACCUGCCGGCGGAGAUCGUUCCGGCGACGCUCAAAAAAGCGACGGCGCGACCGGUUACCGCUGGUGGCCGCGCGCCCCCGCCGGGCGCCGAGAGAUUGGAGGGCGAGGGUCCUGGCUUCGGUCGCGGCUUCGGACGCGGUGCCGGAGGCUUUGGCCGGGGCGCGGCGACGGCUGCCGCCUAGACGUGUUGCCUAGACGUUGGUCGAGGUAGCUGUUUUAACAACUGGUUGGACUAAA